CUGUGGGCGGUUAUACUCCAUGUUUUGCAGGAAGUUGAACCAUCGCUGUGCAGUAAAAACAACAAUAUACGACACGUCUAAUUUCAAUAACGUUUUACCUAUUUUUCAUAUUAAUGCGUUGUAAAGCUUGUUCAUCAUGAAGAAUAAAACAUACAAACUUGUGGUGCACAAGAAAGGCUUUGGAGGCAGUGAUGAUGAGCUUGUGGUGAACCCCAAGGUGUUCCCUCAAGUUUCCCUUGGGGACAUAAUUGAGAUUGCACACCCCACAGAUGAAUACAGCCCUCUCUUGCUGCAGGUGAAGAGUCUCAAAGAAGACCUCCAGAAAGAGACAAUCAGUGUGGACCAGACGGUGGCGCAAGCCUUCAAACUCCGGGCAUACCAGGAUGUCGUUGUAAACAUUGUGGAUCCAAAGGAUGUAACUCUGGACCUCGUAGAGCUCACAUUCAAAGACCAAUACAUUGGAAGGGGAGACAUGUGGCGACUGAAGAAGAGUCUGGUGAGUACCUGUGCUUAUGUGACCCAGAAAGUGGAAUUUGCAGGGAUCAGAGCCCAGGCCAGUGAGUUAUGGGUGAAAGGAGAGAAGGUCACUUGUGGCUACAUCAGUGAAGACACCAGGGUGGUGUUCAGGUCGACCUCUGCCAUGGUGUACAUCUUCAUCCAGAUGAGCUGCGAAAUGUGGGACUUCGAUAUCUACGGGGAUCUCUACUUUGAGAAAGCAGUCAGUGGUUUUUUGUCUGAUCUUUUUGCCAAAUGGAAGGAGAGGUAUUGCAGCCAUGAAGUGACAGUGGUGCUUUUCUCACGCACUUUCUACAACGCUAAAACCUUGGAAGAGUUUCCUGAGAUAUUGAGAGGUUCCAUCAGACAGGACCACGAGGGCCGUUUCUAUGAAGAUUUCUAUAGGGUAGUGGCUCAGACUGAGAGACGUGAUGAGUGGACCUCUCUACUGGUCACCAUCAAGAAGCUCUUCAUCCAGUAUCCUGUCUUGGUGCGGCUGAAAGAAGCGGUUGGUUUCCCCUCCGGCCAUAACUCUACUGCUGCUCAGGGGAAUUACCUUGAGGCCAUUAACCUGUCUUUCAACGUCUUUGACAAGCACUACAUCAACCGCAAUUUUGACCGCACCGGUCAGAUGUCUGUGGUCAUCACCCCGGGGGUGGGCGUGUUUGAAGUGGACCGACUGCUCAUGAUCCUAACCAAGCAGCGCAUGAUUGACAAUGGUAUCGGUGUAGACUUGGUGUGUAUGGGAGAGCAGCCACUUCAUGCAGUGCCUCUAUUUAAGCUGCACAACAGGACAGUGCCUGGAGACUCACGACUGGGGGAUGACUACAACCUGCCCCACUGGAUCAACCACAGCUUUUACACUUCCAAAAGCCAGAACUCCUGCAGUUGCUUCACUCCUCGCAUCAAGCUGGCAGGACGCAAGCUCCAUGCAGAAAAAUUCAAGAAUAACAAAGAGCACACUCUUGGGGCUCCGAAGGACGAGAACAGCCUUCCCAUCCAGGUGGACUACGAUGCCCAUGAUGCACAGGUGUUCAGACUCCCCGGGCCGUCCCGAGCCCAGAGGAGCACCAACUUCAGGGUGGUCCGAGAGAGGGAAGUGAGUGGAAGGAGAAGCUGGGGGUCUGCGGAUGUGAGUGGGGUUCUAGGGGGCGGUGUGUCCCCCCCUGUCCGCUCUUGUGGGCCUGACGAGCAGCGGAGCCUGGCCUCUGAUGACAGCCUGGGCAGGGUGUCCAACAUCCUGCUGAUCCCCCGUCUGCCCCCAGCCCAGUACGGAGAGGUCAGCAGCUCCCUGGGCUACACCAGCACCAGAGAGUUGUUGGAGAAGAUGAUGGAAUCUCAGCGGGACUCCAGUGCUCCAGGGAGGUUCACUGUGGGGAGUGCUGAGUCCACCCUCCAUGUGCGCCCAGGGGGCUACACCCCUCAGAGGGCCCUCAUUAACCCCUUCGCCCCCUCACGCAUGCCCAUGAAGCUCACCUCCAACCGCAGGCGCUGGAUGCACACCUUCCCUGUGGGUCCGUCAGGAGAGGCCAUCCAGAUCCACCACCAGACCAGACAGAACAUGGCUGAAUUGCAGGGCAGCGAGCAGAGAGACCCCGCCCACACCUCCGCCGAGCUCCUGGAACUGGCCUAUCACGAGGCCACUGGCAGACGGACAGCCUCAGAGAGACGACAGGCAGGAGAAAAUGGGCUGUACUCCAGCGGAGGGAUGGAGGAGUAUACUCAUGGCAGCCCAGCCAGCAGCAACAGCACUGGAACACCGGUAAACCGUGGCUCUUCGUUGGAGGACUUUUCCUCUGGCAGUCCGGAUCCAACCCUGCUGCUGUCUGCCCCCCCGACAGUGCCUAGCUUCUGUUGCACGGUGGGGGUAGACUGGAAGUCUCUGACCACACCCGCCUGUCUGCCUCUCACCACUGACUACUUCCCUGAAUGGCAGACCCUGCAGAACGACUACACUGAGGGCUGCUACGACCUGCUGCCACACACUGACCUGGAGAGGCGGGAUGAUGAGGCCCCGGUGAUGAGUGCCCCUCAGGUGUUUGAGGAGUUUAUCUGUCAGCGGCUGAUGCAGGGCUACCAGAUCAUUGUCCAACCUAACAAAAGGAAACCCCAGCCUGCUGUGGCCCCGCCCCUCAGCAGUAGUCCACUCUACACCAGAGGGCUGGUCUCUCGGCGCAGGCCAGAAGAGGAGGAGAGUCUGUACUGGCUCAGUAUGGGUCGUACCUUCCAUAAAGUCUGCCUGAAGGAUAAAAUCAUCACUGUUACCCGCUACCUUCCGAAGUACCCGUAUGAGUCGGCCCAGAUCCAGUACACCUACAGUCUGUGUCCCCCUCACUCUGACGCCCACUUCCUGUCCUGCUGGGUGGAGUUUGGUCACGAGAGACUGGAGGAGUACAAGUGGAACUACCUGGACCAGUACAUCUGCUCUGCUGGCUCUGAGGACUUCAGUUUGAUAGACUCUCUGAAGUUCUGGCGGACCCGCUUCCUGCUGCUGCCGGCCGGGGGGGCUAGACGUGUGGCGGACGGGGAGGGGCACUGGGACGUUUACGGGGAGGGAGUGGGCACGGUGGCGGGCAGAGAGGGCAUGACGGGCACCGGGGACUGGGCCCUGCUGGAUGGCUUCAUCCGCUUCCUGGAGGGACUCAACCGCAUCCGCAGACGCCACCGCUCUGACAGGAUCAUCAGGAAAGGACCGGCGAUGAAGGGUUUGCAGGUGACUGGUCCUCUCUCUGCCUACCCUCCGGAGCCUGUAGCGCCCCCUCUGGGCAAGAAAGGCACCUCCGCUUUAUCAGCUCUCCUGGAGUUGGAGCAGAACCAAAAGACUCUAGAGGAGCAGCAACAACAGGGGAAAUCCUCAGCUGCCACCAGUGAGUCUUCCACUGUCGCCAUGACCACUACAUAUGUGGACAGCCCUCGCAAGGAUGCUGCCUUCAUUUUGGAUUUUAUACGUAGCCCUCGUUCCUCCUACAUCUAUCAUACACAGGUUUCUACAGAUCCUGCUGAAGGAGGGGCCACAGACAAAGGUGGUCAGGUAGGGGCUGGGGUGGUGGCGACCGGUGGGGCUGCAGCCCAGGCAACAGGGGAUACAGGAUCCAGCUUAGCCACUGAAACCAGUGGACAGUCUGGUACUGGAGCCUUAUGUUUGUCCUCAUCCUCCACCCUGAUGGAAAUACUAGAGGCCAUCAAACACCCCACAACAGGUGUGCAGCUUCUACCUGAGCAGAAGGGCCUGCCCCCUAACUGCUUCAUCAGUGCUGAGAUUGUCCAUUGGCUGGUCAACAACGUAGAGGGUGUGGCCACACAAGGCAUGGCUGUCGACAUCAUGCAGAAGAUGCUGGAUGAGGGCCUGGUUACCCAUGCAUCGGGGGAUGCCAUGAGGACCUUUGUCUAUGGCUUCUACUUCUACAGGAUAGUGGCAGAGAAAGACGGUGAGCGAGGCCCUACAUCCCAGCUGCCCCCUCCUGUGGCACAGGGCUGGUCAACGGCAGCCCUGGAGGACUUUGCCCUGUUUCAGAGGAAGUGGUUUGAGGUGGCUUUCGUCCUGGAGGAGCGUCGAACUUGUGACCUCCCGGCCUUCCUUCUGCCCUGGCUGCCCAGCCGGCCCGCCUCCUAUGCAAGUAGGCACAGCUCCUUCAGCCGCAGCUUUGGAGGACGCAGCCAGGCCGCAGCACUGCUAGCUGCCACUGUACCAGAGCAAAAGACAGCCACCUUGGAUGUGGACGUUAACAAUCGUAGUGACCGCACCGAGUGGUGCAGCUGCUAUUACCAUGGCAACUUCUCCCUCAACGCUGCCUUCGAGGUCAAGCUGCACUGGAUGGCCGUCACUGCAGCUGUUCUCUUUGAGAUGGUCCAAGGCUGGCACAGAAAGGCUGCCUCCUGUGGGUUCCUGUUGGUGCCUGUCCUGGAGGUGCCCUUUGCCCUACCCUCCUACCUAUAUGGUGACCCGCUGCGGGCCCAGCUCUUCAUCCCUCUCCACAUCCACCGUCUGCUGAGGGACGGCAGUGACAACCUGUUUGAGGGGUUUGAACCAGAGACGUAUUGGGAUAGAAUGCAGCUCUUUCAGGAAGCCAUACUAUACCGAUUCGGAUUUGUCCAAGACAAGUUUUCUGCCUCUGCUUUCAACUUCCCAUCAGAGAACAAACCCCAAUACAUCCACGUAACAGGCACAGUGUUCCUCCAGCUGCCCUACUCCAAGAGGAAGUACUCUAGCGGGCAGCAGCGGAGGAGGAGGAAUUCAACAGCAUCAGCCAGUCAGGGCCUGUUUGGCUCGGAAGAGCUGGUGGGUUACUACUGGGCCUACAAUACCAUGCUGACCAAGGCUUGGAGGACGGGUGUGCUUGGGGAUGAGAAGCUGGCUGACCGCCUGCUCAGAGACUUCACUGACUUCUGCGCCAACAAAGACAAGAGGCUAGUGAACUUUUGGGACAGCUGCCAGGAGAAAAUGAACGCUAGUGCUCCAUGAAGACGAGAUGGAGAGGUGAAACAGAGAGACAGACAAAUCUAUUGAAAUGGGAAUGCAGUGGCUGCAGUGUUGAGGUUUGUGGGAAGAAUUCUCCUCAACAACACCUUGUAUAAGUGUCCCAUCUGUGGCAGGACUUGUGCUUUGCAUCUAGGUCAAGGUGGCAGGUCAAGUGACAGUUAACAUGAAGACAAUGCAUGAGGAGCAGAGACUCUGCUUCCUCUGGUCCUGCUACUAAGCUGCUACUUUUUCUUCACAUCAAGUGAAUAAUAAAAUGACUAAUCUGAA